GAUGGCCAACACCACCGGGCUCCUCCAGGCCACCGAAGUCGCAGGCUCCAUGGGGUUGAUCCUGGCGGCCAUCGUGGAGGCAGCAGCCCUGCUGGGCAACGGCGCGCUGCUGGUGGUGGUGCUACGCACGCCGGGCCUGCAGGAGGCGCUCUACCUGAUGCACCUGUGCAUCGUGGACCUGCUGGCGGCCGCCUCCAUUAUGCCGCUGGGCCUGCUGGCCGCGCCGCCGCCCGGACUGGGCCGCGUGCGCCUGGACCCCGCGUCCUGCCGCGCCGCGCGCUUCCUCUCGGCCGCGCUGCUGCCCGCCUGCACGCUCGGGGUGGCGGCGCUGGGGCUGGCGCGCUGCCGCUUCAUCGUGCACCCGCUGCGGCCCGGCGCGCGGCCGCCGCCCGGCCUGGUGCUCGCGGCCGUGUGGGCCGCCGCCGCGCUGCUGGGCGCGCUCGCCCUGCUCGGGCCGCCGCCCGCCCCGCCCCCGGCCCCGGCCCGCUGCUCCGUCCUGGCCGGCGGCCUCGGGCCCUUCCGGCCGCUCUGGGCGCUGCUGGCCUUCGCGGUGCCCGCCCUCCUGCUGCUCGGCGCCCACGGCAGCAUCUUCCUGGUGGCGCGCCGCGCGGCCCUGCGGCCCCCGCCGCCCGCGCGCGGCGCCCGGCUGCGCUCCGACUCCCUGGACAGCCGGCUCUCCAUCCUGCCCGCCCUGCGGCCCCGCCUGCCCGCGCGCAAAGCCGCCCUGGGGCCCGCGCUGGCCGUGGGCCAGUUCGCCGCCUGCUGGCUGCCCUACGGCUGUGCGUGCCUGGCGCCUGCCGCGCAAGCCGCCAAGGCGGAGGUGGCCGUCACCUGGGUCGCCUACUCGGCCUUCGCGGCGCACCCCUUCCUGUACGGCCUCCUGCAGCGCCCCCUGCGCCGGGCGCUGGGCCGCCUGGUGCGCCGAGCCCGGCCGCGGCGGGACUGCGCUCCGCGCACCUGGCACCCGCGGGCCCUCCUGCGGCGCCUCCGGGGACCUGCAGAGGGCCCUGCCCUGGGACCUGCUGAGGCACCAGAUCAAGAGCCGGACUUGGCAGGAGGGGGGACCCUCCGCAUGCCCAAGGCCACCGGAGCGGGGGUCUGACUCACA